AUGCUGUACGGGCUUUUGGAUAAACCUCUGGGUCGUGGACUGCGCUACGACCCAGAUACUGAGAUCCCGGAUCUCAAUGGCAAGAUAAUAGUUGUCACUGGAGGCAAUGCUGGCCUCGGAAAGGAAACCAUCCUUCGUCUCUCCAAGCACAAUCCAAAACGAAUAUACCUUCUCGUACGAAACCAAAACAAAUCCGAGGCUGCGAUCAAGGAUAUACAGUCAAUCGUCCCCAACGCGCCGAUAUCUUUCAUACAAUGCGACCUCACGGAUCUGAAGAGCGUGGAAUCUGCUGUGAGGGAUUUCACAAGCAAGGAGCAGAGAUUAGACAUGCUCUAUCUCAACGCUGGAAUUAUGGCUACACCUGCAGGACUCACGAAAGAUGGCUACGAGAUUCAAUUUGGCACAAAUCACGUUGGACAUGCUCUUCUGACAAAGCUGCUACUUCCUACGCUCUCGAGAACCGCUGAAGAGCCAGGGUCGGACGUCAGAGUUAUCUGCUUGAGCUCAAUUGGACAUGCAGCUGCCCUGUUCACCGGAAUAUGCUUUGACAAGUUGAAGACGGAGAUGUCGUGGACACCAACAAUGGUCCGAUAUGCACAGUCGAAGCUUGCCAACAUACUAUUUGCCAGGGAGCUCGCGAGACGGUAUCCCAAGAUCUUGUGUGUGUCCGUUCAUCCUGGAGCUGUGAAUACAGAGUUGUAUCGAAGUAUGCUCAGUGGAUGGAUGAGCUCGUUCAAUUUCUCGAAGCAGCUACUUGAGACUAUUGAGUCGGGCGCAAAGAAUCAGCUUUGGGCAGGCACAGCGAACAGAGAGGACAUCACAAAUGGCGAAUACUAUACUCCUGUGGCCAUGAGUGGUGGUGGAAGCUGGAAGAGCCAGGAUAUGGCCCUUGCUAGCAAGCUGUGGGAAUGGACAGAGAAAGAGCUUGAGGGGUACGCAGCUCCAACGGCUCUCCCGUAG